CGAAUCUGACAUCACCACUUAGCAGUUCAUGCAGCUAACAAGUGGUUUGUUCUUAGGGUAACAGAGGAGGAAAUUGCUCCUUGUCUGAUAAGACAACAGUGAAGAAAGGACGCAUGCUGUUUCUUAGGGAUACGGCUCAUUUCCAGAUAUGACCAUGUAUUUGUGGCUUAAACUUCUGGCAUUUGGCUUUGCCUUUCUGGACCUGGGAGUAUUUGGUGACGGACUGAACAUAACCAGUGCUCUGCCAACAAGUGACCCCUUACCUGCUCGCACCACUGCAUUCUCACUUGCAAGCAUCUCUGAAAGAGGAAAUGACUUCUCAAAGACCCAGUCUCCUCUUAGUCCAGGCAAUACUUCAACUCAAGUAUCGCCAGACACUUUGGAUAAUCCUGGUGUUCCUGCUGAGGAAGGUGUUACGUCACAGACGCCGCCCCUUCCCACGCACGCAGACUCGCAGACGCCCCCUGGCGACGCUGGCACGCAGACACGCAGCAGCCCCGCUGCCCUUACCGCACUCACGCCUGCCACGCGCAGAGCUGACGCCUCAGAUGGCUCAGGAGGGAAUACAGACAGCGCCUUUCCUGAAAACUCCAAUGUCACACUCAUAACGACCCUCAGCCCUGCACACACCAGCCCUGCUGCCUUACCCACAGGUGGCUCAGGAGAGAGGAAUACAGACAGCCCCUUUCUUGACAACUCCACUGUAACGACCCUCGGGCCUGCACGCACCAGCUCUGCUGUCUCACCCGCACUCACUUCCAACAUCACCACCACACCCAACUCCUCAGCUUCUUCUGACAAACCCCCUGUGUCAUCCACUCCAAGCACUGAGGCAAGCACUGUCCUGUCAAUCACAACAACAGCUACAACUCCUAAGAUACCCUGUGAUAGCAAAUAUGCAGACAUCUCUGUGGAUUACACGUAUGACAGUACAAAUAGAUCAUUUACAGCAAAGCUAAAUGUGAGUGAUGACAGCGUGAAAUGUGAAAAUUGGACCUGUACAAACAAGGAGUUGCAUAACCUAUCAGAAUGCCGAGAUCUCACUAUAAGAAUAACUGAUGAUACAUGUGCUGCUCCAGCUAAAGAGUUAACAUUAGAUGUCCCACCAGAGCCUGGAAAAUUUCAAUUAGUUAACUGUACAGAGGCCGAAAAAGCAAAUACUACUAUUUGUUUAACAUGGGAAAAAAAUGAACUCCGUGAUUGUGAUGAAAAUAAAUUUACAUACAGCUUUAAAUGUGGUAAUCAGACAUUUAAGGAAAAAAAAAUAACAUUACCAGACCUUCAACCUGAACAAGAUUAUAGUUGUUCUUCAGAAGUACUUUAUAAUGACAAAAAGUAUACAGUUGCACACAAAACUAUUCAAACAGAUGUUGGAAUUCCAGAAGAGCCUCCGAAUUUUACCUGUAAAAAUAUAAGUGCAGAGAAUGUCCACAUUUCCUGGAGUCCUCCUCAAAAUAAAUUUGAUAAUUUUAUUCUGUGUUAUAGGAACAAGUCAGAAAAAAACAAAGAAAGAUGCUUCGAUCUGAAUAAGAACAAGGACAGAUAUGAUUUGGACAAUUUGAAACCUUUCACAGACUAUUCCGUGUCAUUACUUGCCUACAUCAUAGGAAGAGUGCAGCGUAAUGGAACGGCUAGGACCUGUGAAUUUAAAACAAAUGCAUCACCUCCAAGCCAAGUCCAGAACAUGACUAUCUUCAGAACUUCAGAUAAUAGUAUGCUUAUCAAGUGUAACCCUCCCAGAGAUCUGAAUGGUCCUGAAACACGUUACUAUUUGCAAGUAGAACUUGGUGAUGCUUCACUUGAUAAGAAUAACAAAACCUGCUAUUUCCAUGUAGAAAAUCUUCAGUAUUCUACAGACUAUAAAUUUGGGGUCUAUUUUAACAACGGGAAAUUUAAUGGAGCUCCAGUUAUUCAACAUAAGUCAACAUCUUAUAAUUCUAAAGCAUUGAUAGGAUUUCUGGCAUUCCUGAUUAUUGUGACAACAAUAGCCCUGCUGGCAGUUCUCUAUAAAAUCUAUGAUCUGCGUAAGAAAAGAUCCCGCAACUCAGAUGAGCACCAGGAACUUGUUGAAAGAGAUGAUGAAAAACAACUGAUGAACGUGGAGCCAAUUCAUGCAGAUGUUUUGUUGGAAACUUACAAAAGAAAGAUCGCUGAUGAAGGAAGACUUUUUCUGGCUGAAUUUCAGAGCAUUCCAAGGGUAUUCAGCAAGUUUCCCAUCAAAGAUGCUCGAAAAUCCUUUAAUCAGAACAAAAACCGUUAUGUCGACAUCCUUCCUUAUGAUUAUAACCGUGUUGAACUCUCUGAGAUAAAUGGAGAUGUAGGGUCAAAUUACAUAAAUGCCAGCUAUAUUGAUGGUUUCAAAGAACCCAAGAAAUACAUUGCUGCACAAGGCCCCAGAGAUGAAACUGUUGAUGAUUUCUGGAGGAUGAUCUGGGAACAGAAAGCCACAGUUAUUGUCAUGGUAACUCGAUGUGAAGAAGGAAACAGGAACAAGUGUGCAGAAUACUGGCCUUCGAUGGAAGAAGGCACUCGGGCUUUUGGAGAUGUUGUUGUGAAGAUCAAUGAACACAAAAGAUGUCCAGAUUAUAUCAUUCAAAAAUUGAACGUUACAAAUAAAAAAGAAAAAGCAACUGGAAGAGAAGUGACUCACAUUCAGUUUACCAGCUGGCCAGACCAUGGAGUUCCGGACGACCCCCACCUGCUGCUGAAGCUGAGAAGGAGAGUGAACGCUUUCAGCAACUUCUUCAGCGGUCCCGUGGUGGUGCACUGCAGUGCUGGUGUUGGGCGCACAGGCACCUACAUUGGAAUUGAUGCCAUGCUGGAAGGCCUGGAAGCUGAGAACAAGGUGGAUGUCUACGGUUAUGUUGUCAAGCUGAGGCGACAGAGAUGCCUGAUGGUGCAAGUGGAGGCACAGUACAUCUUGAUCCAUCAGGCCUUAGUGGAGUAUAAUCAGUUUGGAGAAACAGAAGUGAGCUUGUCCGAACUGCAUCCCUAUCUACAAAAUAUGAAGAAAAGAGACCCACCGAGUGAGCCAUCUCCACUGGAGGCUGAAUUCCAGAGACUUCCUUCAUAUAGGAGCUGGAGGACACAGCACAUUGGAAAUCAAGAAGAAAAUAAAAAUAAAAACAGGAGUUCUAAUGUCAUUCCCUAUGACUUUAACAGAGUGCUACUUAAACAUGAACUUGAAAUGAGCAAGGAGAGUGAACAUGAUUCAGAUGAAUCCUCUGAUGAUGACAGUGACGCAGAGGAAACAAGCAAGUACAUCAACGCAUCUUUUAUAAUGAGUUACUGGAAACCUGAAGUGAUGAUUGCUGCCCAGGGACCACUAAAAGAAACCAUUAGUGAUUUUUGGCAGAUGAUCUUUCAAAGAAAAGUCAAAGUGAUUAUCAUGCUGACAGAGCUGCAGCAGGGAGAACAGGAAAUCUGUGCUCAGUACUGGGGAGAAGGAAAGCAAACAUACGGAGAUAUAGAAGUUGAUAUGAAAGACACAAACAAAUCUUCAGCUUAUACCCUCCGCGUCUUUGAACUGAGACAUUCCAAGAGGAAAGAUACUCGAACCGUGUACCAGUACCAGUAUACGAACUGGAACGUGGAACAGCUUCCUGCAGAACCCAAAGAAUUAAUAUCUAUGAUUCAGAUCCUCAAACAAAAACUUCCCAAGAAAAAUUCCAGCGAAGGGAAUAAGCAUCACAAGAGUGCACCUCUCCUCAUUCACUGCAGAGAUGGAUCUCAGCAAACAGGAAUAGUUUGUGCUUUGCUAAAUCUCUUGGAAAGUGCAGAGACAGAAGAGAUGGUGGAUGUUUUUCAAGUAGUAAAAGCUCUACGCAAAGCGAGACCGGGAAUGGUUUCCGUGUUUGAGCAAUACCAAUUCCUGUAUGAUACCAUGGCCAGCACCUACCCUGCCCAGAAUGGACAAGUAAAGAAAAACAACAAUCAGGAAGAUAAAAUUGAAUUUGAUAAUGAAGUGGACAAAGGGAAGCAGGCUGCCAAUUGUGUUACUCUGCCUGGUGCCCCAGAUAAGGUCCAUGAAGGAAGCAAGGAGGCCGAGAGCUCUGAACCCAUAGGUGGCGCUGAGGGGCCCGAACAUUCUGCCAAUGGCCCUGCAAGUCCAGCCUUAACUCACAGUACAUAGGAAAAGAUAUAAAUGGGCAUCUCAAAACUUAUGUGUUCUGUUUUUCUAGAAUUAGGAGAGGAAAAAUAUGUGGAUUAAUGAAAUACAUUGAACCGAUAGUUGUGGGGAGUUUCUGUUUUACUACUCUAGAAAAAUAUUUAAGGUAGUUGUGGUAAAACCUAUUGUACAGUCUUGUGGUUUUUUUUGAAAUGGUAUCUAUCAUUUGGCUUCUUAGGUGUCACAUGUAUGUUCAUGUGAGAGUGUGUGUGUGUCUGAGAGCGAGAGAGACAGAAAGAGACUACUUUCAAGUGAAUCUAACCUCUCGGUAAAAUUUGACUUUUUGAUUUUCUGAAAAAAUAAAGACAUUUUAUACUGGAAGUGUUAGCUUAGUUGGAAGGCUCUGUUUUUUAAUCAUAAAUUCUAUGUACUCUUGUAUGAAUUGCAACAUGUACAUUUCCAGAAUGACCUCAAGAUGGCCUCCUUGUUCUACUCAUAUAUAAAUAUAUCUCUCACAGUUUACUUGUUUAUUUCUAGAGAUAGCACAUAUGUGUUUAUGCAGAGCUAGUACAAAAAAGUUAACUCAAUUGACAUUUGGCAGUCUUAUCCUCCAGAGAUUAGGAGUUUGUCCAAUCUUUGAAAGGAUAUUAAUCUAAGUUACAAAUUUCUAGUGAACCUAUCUUGGUUGUCUUCACAUGUGGUUUACAGUUUUACAAUAUGGAUAAUUGUCUGUGCAACAUUGGAAAUUUAUUUCUUGAUACUUUUGACCACAAAUUAUGUUUGUUACAAUUGAACUUAAAUAAAUAUAUUUAAAAUAAACAAAUGCAAUAAGUAUUAAAAUCUACUAUAUGAAAAUAGAAGCAUACAGAUGUAUUUGUGUUAAAUAUUUACACACGAAAACCAAUGUAGCUAUUUUUCUGGACUUCACAUUCAUAUGAGAAAUAUGCAUAUUUCCUAUGCUAAAGUCUACCGUGGACUCUCAUUAAAGUGCAUUUACUCUGAAUUUCUCAAUGGUUUACCAAUUACCAGAAACUGAUAUCCAUAAUUAUAAUAAAAUUCAACUAUCUUUUCUUGUUUGUAAUA